AUGGCCCCAAAGAAUAAGGCCAAAGCUGCUCCGAAGGCCGAGCCGAAGGCUAAGAAGUCCAAGCCUAUGGUGGUUGCAGAUGAUCCCACACCGGCGGAGAUGAAAGCCAGCAUUCAAAGGAUGCUGAAUCUUGUGAAGUACAAAGCCGACCCCUUGAAAAACAAAAGUGGAGAUCGCCUGACCGAAGCCCAGGAAGUGCUGGAGGCCUACCGACAGAUCUCCGACUCGGACCGAAAAGGCUUCAUCGCUGGCUACCAGAAGCAUGUGCUGAAGGACUUGAAGUGGAUGGGCCAGUACACCAAGAAGGUCGUCAAGGAGGCCGAAGAGGAGGAUCACUCGACCAAGGGCAUGAUGACCUCGUCCCGAAUUUUCGAGCUCAAUGGCCUCAAGUUCGGCGACUUUCCAGAAAAGAAGCAGAAGAAAUUGCUGGAGGGUUUCCUCCAGGAGUGUGCGAGUGAAGUUGGAGCACCCCGAGCGAAGCGAGCUGGCCAACUUGAGCAAAGUGGCCAACAGUGCAGUCAAGAGCUUGGAUGCAAAACAUGGAGGGUUGAGCUCGGAAUGCAUUGCUCUGGAGAACUCCAAGUUCGCUUUCAAAGCGCCGGAGAUCAGGGCUGGCCUGGAGACUCUGAAGAACUUUGUCGAGGAUUUUCGAAAGACCCAGGUCCUGCUGGAUCGCACGCUUUCCACGAUGGACGAGGCAGCCUGCAAGGCCGAGAAAGCCGACGUCGACCAGUGGAACCGCAACGCCCGCGAGCAUCUUGA